UGGUGUGCCUGAGGAUUUUUGUCCCUGCCGAGGCGCCGUAGCCAUGGGAGAUAACGUGUCCAAGCGACUGAAGCUGAUCUCGGCUACAGAAGCGGAGAUGGAGGAGCGCUCUUUUCCAAACCCUUACCCCGACUUGGACCAAGGUGCCCUCACCUCUAACUCAGGAGCAGAAGAAGAUUACCAGGAGGAGACUUUUGAUGCAGAAGGAAAGGUGAGUGCAGCCUUCCAGAAGAAGGUCCAGAAUAAAAUCAAAGAUCUCCUCCUGCAAAUGGAGGAGGGCCUGAAGACAGCUGACCCCCAUGACUUCUCCACAUACACAGGCUGGACAGGCAUUGCCCUGCUGUACCUCCAGCUGCACCGAGAGUCUCAUGAGGCCUCCCACCUGCAGAGGGCUCUGGACUAUGUGAAGAGGGCCAUGCGGAUCCUUAAUGGACGGAAAGUGACCUUCCUGUGUGGGGAUGCGGGGCCGCUUGCAGUGGGUGCAGUGGUCCACCACAAACUGAACAACUCUGCUGACAGCAAAGACUGUCUGGCCAGGCUCCUCCAGUUGCAGCGGUCGGUGCUGUGCUCAGACUCUGAGAUGCCAGACGAGCUACUGUACGGCCGGGCUGGCUACCUUUAUGCUCUGCUCUACAUCAACAAAGAGAUAGGAGCUGACACUGUGGACGAGGAAACCAUUACAAAGGUGGUGACGGUCAUCAUGGAGUCGGGGAAGAACAUGUCAGCAGAGCAGAAGAAGACGGAUCGCUGCCCUCUGCUCUAUGAAUGGCACAAGAAGCAGUACAUCGGUGCUGCCCACGGCCUGGCUGGCAUCUAUUACAUGCUCAUGCAGCCUUCUUCAAAGGUUCAUCCAGACAUGCUGACGGAGCUGGUCCGUCCCUGCAUCGACUACGUCCGCCACAAGAAGUUCCGUUCGGGGAACUUCCCGUCAUCUCUGAGCAACGAGAGCGACCGGCUGGUUCACUGGUGCCACGGAGCCCCCGGUGUCAUCCACAUGCUCAUCAUGGCUCACAAGGUGUUUAAAGAGGACAAGUAUUUGAAAGAGGCUGCAGAGUGUGCUGAGGUGAUCUGGCAACGAGGUCUGCUCAGAAAAGGCUACGGUAUCUGCCACGGCACCGCCGGCAACGGCUACGCCUUCCUGGCCCUUUACAAGCUCACCAAGGAGAAGAAAUACCUGUACAGAGCAUGCAAGUUUGCUGAGUGGUGUUUGGACUACGGUACACAUGGCUGUCGCAUUCCAGACAGGCCCUACUCUCUUUUUGAAGGUAUGGCAGGAGCCAUCUACUACCUGUCAGAGAUAGCGCAGCCUGAAGCGUCCUGUUUCCCUGCAUUUGAACUUUGACCUGCCAGCUGAUGAGGAUGAGGAGGGGGAAAGGAUGAAUUUGUAGUACAGCGCUCAUCGUUGGUUAUCAGGAACAGCCAAAUUAAGGAUUGAACAGAGCAGAAUGAGUGCAAUUGUUUGCUGGAGUAACCAUAUGUUUUGGUUGUUUGUUUUUUUAAAUAUGUACAAAAAGAUAAAAGGGAAAUUAUUUUAGGACAAAAGACAGGUUGAAUGUUUUCAAUCCAGUGAAAAAAAGCAGUAUCUGGACUGAAGCAGAGGAUGUUAUUGGAGGUUUCUCCUCUUGAAUAUGGACACUUGUACCCUGUGGGGCAUGUUAGAGGAACACCGUCAAAUCUUGUCCUCUUCGCCCACCACAAUUUUCCAACUGGCUUGGACACAGAAGAACACACUCAACGCCCUCAGCCUUUAAUAUGGUAGCACCUAGGUCAAGAAAGAGGGUGUGUGUGUACGUAUGGAUGUUCAUGAGUGUGUGUGUGUUUGUAUGUGUGAACUAAAGCUGUUUUGGUAUUUCUAUGCCUCUGCAUGCUCACUGUAAAGGCUCUUUGUGCCUCAUGUCCUGUCAAUGUAGUGCUUUCCUCUUCCUGUAUUUGUAGCUGUGCUGUUUCAGUUCUUCAGGUGUGUGUCACAUAGUGGGCGAAAUGUUCUCUGUCGUCCACAUUUCAUGAAGAGGUCAAAGUACCUUUUAAUAUUGUUUUCAAGAUUGCCUGACUUUUGUAAAGCCAAACAAUAAUAUGAAUUUGAGUUGUUUAUUUUUUAUGUGAGCUUUUUCAAAAGAGGAGAAGGUCAUAUUUGAAAGCCUUUGGAGGCACAUUAAGAAUAUUUGAUUGCCCUUUAAAAACCAGUCUACUUAGUGUUUACUAAAGCUUCUGUAUCAACCAUUGCUAUGUCUGCAUUUUGUCCUUCAUUUAAUUUAUUUUUGGGGGACCUUUUAUGUUGAUAAGCUAAGGGAGUGUUGAAAUCAUAUAGAGGGCUUAUGUUUUGCAACGGCUGACAGUGUGUCCUUAUUUAGUGAAUAGAGUUUCUGACUGAGUUAUACAGUAUGCAUGUCAAAAUUAGGGUCUGACCGUUAUGGAUUACGAUAUAUCAGCCGAUAUCUUUCAUAGAUCUUAUGUUUGAUCUGAAGAGAGAUAUAAAUAUAUAUAUUUAUUGUGUUGAUUCCUCAAAUGCAGUUAUCAAAUAACUUUUGGUAAAGUUGAACAAUAUAAUGAAGACAAGAUGGUCACUCCACUGGAAAGUAGCUGCGCAUGUACGUGCAUCACCGCUUGGCACUCUGGAGAGUGAUGAUGCUUGUUGCAGUCCACAUAGCGCCCUCUGCUGGUGAAAGAGAACUGCUAGUUUAUUACAAUUAAACUCAAAGGAAAAUAAACCUGGUAAAUAAUGGAGAGUAAUAACGGCACAUAUCUGCAAUAAAAUUAGCCGAUACUGAUAGUCACUGCUGAUAUCGGCCGAUGUCAUCGGCUGGCCGAUUAAUCAGUCAGGCUCUGGUCAAAACAAACACUAAGGAUGCAAAAAAAAAACAAUUAAUGCAGUUUGACGGUUGACCUAACAGCUACUUUCUGCAAUUUAUUUUAAAAAACAUAUGUUUAAUGAAUGUUACAAUUUAAACACAUUGUGGUUAAAUUAACAGCAACAAUGCGAGGCUUCCUCCCUGAAACCAAAAAUUAUAGUUGUUAGCAUUUAGCUUCGUUAGCUAUCCAGUGUUUAAGUGUCUAAUCAUUUGGAUUGCCUGUAUUGUGCUGGAAAAUGAUUUAAAGUAGGUGUUAGAUCACAAGGUAUAAAAGCCUUGUUUGCAUUGAUGGCAUUUCUGCUGAAGCCGAGCUAGCUUGUUAGCUUGCAUCUAAUAGCAUGCGUUGGCUUUCAGCUCAACAUCAGAACUAAAUGAAAAUAAAUAUUUUAGUUUGGGAUUACCUCAAAUUGAUGAUGUAUUAUGAGUCACAUGGUGAUUUUCAUAAUGGGUGGCAUUGUUGGGGAUGGCCUGGAAUCAGUUUUCUUUUUUUUUUCUGUCCAGUUUUAUCGGCUGAAGAACACAGGUGUUAAUACUGGCCUUAUAUUAAAAAAUGCUCACCAUGUGGACUUCCUAAAUGUACCUCCUUUGGUCCUCACAUUUAACCCUUAGUGUACCACUGCUUUAAUGACUGCCGUGAAAUCAGACAUCUGUUUCAUCUUGUGCGUUCAUGGGUUGAUCAAGCACACACAGGAGAAGCUGAGGGAUAUUAGACUCAUUUGAUUUGUAUCUGCAGAUUCAAUCCUACACCUGUCUGAGAUCAUCCUAUGUUGGAAUAUCAUACUUGUUUAGCCAUAUUUAUCAAUGUCUGCACCCUCAGAUCAAUAUAUCAAGCAGUAUGUAAAGUUUUAAUCAAAGCAGGCUCACUAUGUUUUAUGUAUUUUAUUUGCAGAAACCACAAACUGAGAAGACUUUGGACAUAUUUUAAAACAUUUUUUAGGACUUAAUGCUCUUAAAACAAUAUGGAAGCGCUACAUUUCAUUCUGUAUUUAGCCUUUUCUCAGUCGACUUACUCAGACUUUUCACCUUAGGUAGUUUCACAAUUUUCAACCAAUCACAGCUCCAUGUGUCAUGGGGGAUAUUUUUUGUAAAACCAAAUGGUAAUCCCAUUUUUUCGGACAGCACAUGAAUGCACAGAAAUGCCUAAUUCCCUUGCAGAGAUCUGUCACGAAUGUCUUCGCAUGAGGAUGAUGUCACAUAAAGAAACGUCUGUGUUCAUCUGUCAGACUGUGUCCUCCUGUUUCACUGGUCCUAAUGUGUUUGGUGGUGACUUGUAUUGGAGUGUUUCACCUUUGUCACUGUCUGUGGAUCUGGUAUGUUGUCAGACUAAUUGGUGUCGGAAAUUAAUGUGUGUGUUUAUUUUCUUCAUUAAACUCCUGAGCUUCAGUGACAGCCAACACGGUGAAGAGUCA